AUGGCCGGCCUCUUUCAGCGACUCAAAGUCGAGUUUAGCAGUCCAUUGCUUCAUUUUGCCACUGCGGAGUGCGAAUCCAUAGACUCUUUGGAGAAUUACCGAGGAAAUUGCGAGCCUUGCUUUCAUUUUUACGGCGGUGGAGAGCUCGUGGCUCUGAUUAGAGGAUGCAACGCGCCAGUUGUCGAGAGAAAGAUUCGGGAAAUGCAUCAGAUUGAAACAGCAGUAGCAGCAGGAGAAGCAGAACGAACCGUCAUUGUUGAUCCAGCUCUUGCCGUCGAUUCUGAAGACAAUGAAGGCUUGCUCUCAUCUGAAAAUGAAAAUUCUACUGUUCAGUCGAUGAAGAAAAUCGUCACUGUCGGCAUUUUGAAACCAGACGUCGUUAGUGACCAGAACAAGACCGGAAAGAUUCUGGACAUGAUCGAGCAAAAUGGAAUUGAAAUCGUCGCAGAUGAGGAGAAAAUUUUGAAUGCUGAUGAUGUUGCCUCUCUUUAUCCGCAAAAAGUAGAUACAGAAGUUUAUGACGAACUGGUAUCCUUCAUGACUUCCGGGCCUAUUCGCGUUCUUGGGCUGACUAAGGGAGAUACGGGCGAUGGAGUUGUUGAUCUCUGGCGAACCAUCAUCGGGCCUUUCGAACCAGAAGAGGCCAAGUCAACAAGUCCUGAAUCUAUCCGAGCUAUGUUUGGAUCAAGUGGUAUUUCCAAUGCCGUUCACGGUAGUUCCUCGACUGACGAAGCUGCUCGUGAACUUGCGUUUUUCUUCCCGACAUUCAACUACCCCAAGGCUGUGAUUCCUCAAUCUGUGCAAGAAAAAAUGGCAGACUUCCUUCCAGCUGAGGGCGAAGAAGUGUUCCCAGAGCCCAAAGCCGAAACAACAAUAACCAUUAUUCGUCCAGAAGCCGCGAAACUUCACCGGGAGGAAAUUUUGAAAGAGAUCAAAGAAGCUGGCUUUGAAAUUGCAAGACAAUCCGAAGUUACGUUGACAGAGGAGCAGGUCAAGAUGCUUUACGAUUCCAAAAAAGAUGAAGAGUACUUCGACGAGCUUGUUGCCCAGAUGACCGCUGGUCCUUGCCUAGUGCUUUGCUUGGCCAAGAUCGAUGCUAUCAAAAACUGGCGAGAGUACCUUGGUCCUGCCAAAGGAGCGGCAGAAGAAGCUCCGGAAAGUUUCCGCGCUCGAUUCCAAUCAUCCGAAAUUAAUCCGAUUCACGCAGCCGACUCUCAAGAAAGUGUCCAAGCAGAAAGGUCGAUAAUCUUUCCAGACGACGAGGAUGCCAUUGCACUGAUCAAGCCUGAUGCUUUUGACCAGGCCGAUGAUAUUGUGGAACAUUUGAAAAAGAGCGGGUUCGAAGUAAAACAGUCAAAAGAUGUGACUCUUUCAAAGGAAGUCGCGUCUAAAAUCUACAACGGAAAGGAAGGCGAAGAGUUCUUCGAUAAUCUCGUUAAUCACAUGACGGAAGGCACGUGCAAAGUCCUCGUUCUCGCGGAUCGUAAUUCUCUCGAAAAAUUGAGAGCUACUGUAGGACCUACUGAUCCGGAGGAAGCGAAAAAAGUUGCUGAGGAAUCUAUCCGGGCGAAUUUUGCUAAGUCGAUCCUCGAAAACGCGAUUCACACACCCUCCUCGACCGAAAAUCUCGACAUGUACUACGAACUCUUACUGAGCUAA